ACGUCACUUCCUCGGUGUACGCAUGCGUCAAGUGUUCGAUCCAAAAUGGCGCCUGUGCCGGGUGAUUUGAUGGAUCUCUCAGAAGGCGACGCUUUCAAACAACACACUGCCGCUGUUACGAGAAAUUAUAUAUCCCAGCCUAGGCUUACGUACAAAACAGUCUCUGGUGUCAAUGGACCUCUGGUCAUCUUAGAUAAUGUCAAGUUUCCCAAAUUUGCAGAGAUUGUUACCCUCACACUCCAAGAUGGCUCCCAGAGGAGUGGCGAAGUUCUAGAAGUUAGUGGUUCUAAAGCAGUUGUACAGGUGUUUGAGGGAACAUCAGGGAUUGACGCCAAGCACACAACAUGUGAAUUCACUGGUGACAUUCUCAGGACCCCAGUGUCAGAGGAUAUGUUGGGCCGUGUUUUUAAUGGCUCUGGUAAAGCUAUCGAUCGAGGGCCACCAGUCCUGGCAGAAGAUUUCCUGGAUAUUCAAGGCCAGCCUAUAAACCCCUGGUCUAGAAUUUACCCAGAGGAAAUGAUUCAGACAGGGAUUUCAGCUAUUGACACAAUGAACAGUAUUGCUAGGGGGCAAAAGAUCCCAAUCUUUUCUGCUGCUGGUCUGCCCCAUAACGAUAUUGCAGCCCAAAUCUGUCGCCAGGCCGGCCUUGUGAAGUUUAACAAAGGUGUAAUGGAUGAUCACGAGGACAACUUUGCUAUCGUGUUCGCAGCUAUGGGAGUGAACAUGGAAACGGCUCGGUUCUUCAAACAGGACUUUGAAGAGAAUGGAUCUAUGGAAAAUGUGUGCCUCUUCCUCAAUUUGGCUAAUGACCCCACAAUUGAACGUAUCAUCACCCCACGCCUGGCUCUGACCACAGCUGAGUUCCUUGCCUACCAAUGUGAGAAGCAUGUGCUAGUUAUUCUGACAGACAUGAGCUCCUAUGCUGAAGCUUUGCGAGAGGUUUCAGCAGCUCGUGAGGAGGUUCCUGGUCGCCGUGGUUUCCCUGGUUAUAUGUACACUGAUUUGGCGACUGUAUAUGAGCGUGCAGGCCGUGUAGAGGGAAGAAAUGGAUCAAUCACGCAGAUCCCUAUUUUGACUAUGCCUAACGAUGACAUCACCCAUCCCAUUCCAGAUCUGACGGGGUACAUCACGGAGGGGCAGAUCUAUGUAGACAGACAGCUUCAUAACAGACAGAUCUAUCCGCCUAUCAAUGUGCUGCCAUCACUGUCCAGAUUGAUGAAGUCUGCCAUUGGAGAGGGCAUGACCAGGAAGGACCAUUCUGAUGUUUCCAAUCAGUUGUAUGCUAACUACGCCAUUGGCAAAGAUGUUCAAGCCAUGAAGGCUGUGGUAGGAGAGGAAGCUUUGACCUCUGAAGACUUGCUUUACUUGGAAUUCCUCACUAAAUUUGAGAAAAACCUCAUAGCUCAAGGAACCUAUGAAAACCGCUCAGUGUUUGAGUCUCUUGACAUUGGCUGGUCACUGCUGCGUAUCUUCCCUAAGGAAAUGUUGAAGCGAAUUCCACAAUCCACCCUUGCAGAGUUCUACCCAAGAGAUUCUAGACAUUAGAAGUAUUAUAAUGAAAGAAUAUCUCAUCUACAGAGAAAAAAUUACCUGUUUGAAUGCAGGUUAUCAUUGAUGUUGAUGUAACCAGUUUGUUGUGGAACAUUCUUAUCUUGUUACAUAGUAACUAUCCUUGUUGAGCCAUUAGUCUUUACAUUUCAGGGUGGUUCACAUGGUUAUGAGAAACGUGCAAGGAAGAGUUGAAACCCAUAAAUUCACGAAAUCAUGGCCACCAUGCAACUCAUUGUGCUCAUUUUCAACUUGCAUGUAUCUGUUGUAUCUUUCUUACAUAAUUUUGGGUGUUCCAAUUAUUGCUUGGGUCAUUAUAUAGGGUAUAGCUGGGAGGUAGUAAUCAAGCUACAAUUUAGAAAAUAACAGUAAAUAAAAUUCAUUCUUGCAGUUCUAUUGUCAAGUAGGUAUGUGAAGUUAUAAUUAAAAAAAUCAAAACAAGAAAA